UCUUAUAUGAUCUUUCCUUUGUGUUUUGUCUUAUAGGUUCUGAACCAUGGAUAACCUCAGUAAAGCAAACACCACCUUUGCACUCAACCUAUUCAAAAAGCUGAGUGAAAAUGCCAAUACACAGAACUUAUUCUUUUCUCCUUUGAGUAUCUCCUCUGCUUUGUCCAUGGUUUUUUUGGGUGCAAAAGGUAACACUGCAGCACAGAUGGCAAAGGUGCUUUCUCUGGACGAAGCUGAAGAGAUUCAUGAUGGAUACCAGUCACUUAUUUCUGAAAUUAACAAACCAGGCACUAAUUAUGUGCUUAGGAUUGCCAACCGGCUCUAUGGGGAAAAGACGUUUAAAUUUCUUGCAACAUUUAUAGACUCCUGCCAGAAAUUCUAUCAUGCAGAGCUAAAACAACUUGACUUCUCUAGAGCUGCAGAAGAUUCCAGAAAACACAUAAAUUCCUGGGUAGAAGAAAAAACUGAAGGUAAAAUCCAGAAUCUGUUGGCUCAGGGUGUUGUUGAUUCAAUGACCAGACUAAUCUUGGUGAACGCCAUCUACUUCAAAGGCAACUGGGCAACCCAAUUCAACAAGGAUUGCACAGUGGAAAGGCAAUUUAAAAUUAACAAGCAGUGGAGGACAGUAGCCUUGAACAUAAUUACAGAACUUACAAUAGUCAGAAUUUUAACAUGUAAGAGAAGAACGUGGAUAAAUGAGUGUCAGACAGUUUGGGAUUCCAUACAUUGUUCAGUGUUUAGAGAACCUAAUGAGAGCAAACCAGUGCAGAUGAUGUUCAAGGAAACUAAAUUUAACAUGAGCUACGUAGCAGAUUUUCAGACCCAAAUCCUUGACCUCCCUUAUGUUGAUAACGAGACAAGUAUGAUCAUCCUGCUUCCUGAUGAAAUCCAAGAUAAUUCCACUGGCCUGGAACAGCUGGAAAGAGAACUUACUUAUGAGAAACUUACAGAGUGGAUAAAUCCAGAAACGAUGGACUAUACUGAAGUGGAGGUGUGUUUGCCCAGAUUUAAGUUGGAGCAAGUUUAUGAUCUGAAGCCUGUUCUGAAGAACAUGGGAAUGGCUGAUGCAUUUGACAGCGACAAGGUGGAUUUAUCUGGAAUGUCAGGCAGCAAUGAGCUAGUUCUGUCGGAGGUUGUUCACAAGUCCUUUGUGGAGGUCAACGAAGAAGGCACGGAGGCAGCAGCUGCUACUGCAUUAGUGUUCCGUAUGCUUUGUGCACGGAUUGUACCACGGUUCACUGCUGACCAUCCUUUCCUCUUCUUUAUCCGGCACAACAAAACUGGCAACAUUCUGUUCUAUGGCAGAUUUUGUUCCCCCUAAAAAGAAAAAAUGCAGCCCUUAACACAGUAAAGUUAUUUCCAUUUUACUAUCUUGGGAUUUUUUUUGCACUCUAAGCAACAAACUUGUACAGAUGCUGUACAUUACAUGGUGCAACCCUAAACACCCUUCUCUCUUGUGCCUGAAACAGCUUUUUGUAGUCCUCUAUUCAAAUUUAAGCAAGAGUUUUAAAUAACAGGAUCAUUUAAUAUUUAUUCCAAGUCAUAAGACUUCAAAUGGCAUUUUCCAUAGUUCACUGUAAAGCACCCCUUGUAUCCUGUAUACCUUAAUAAAUGCGGGGUUCCUUAACUUGAGUCCAUCUCUAGACAUAACACCUUGUUUAAUGCAUCUCUCCAUCUCUGUACAUAUUCCCCUAGAAAUUUGGUUCUCAUAUUUGGGGAUGCUUAGCAGCAAGUGGUAAGAUCUCGUGGGGAGAGGAAAACGAAAGAAGACUGACUUCUGACUGACCUCCAAAUGCUUUUUGCAAAUUUCCCUUCUCCCUGUCUCAUUUUCCAGACUGGUUCCUUCUGUGUCUAGCUGUGUCCCCAUUUAAAAAAAACAAACAAAUAGCUCUUGGCAGCCAUCUAACAGAUUUUUAUGAAGGAUGCUAACACAACUGUUACUCUUGGGGGGGAAAUUGAGCAAGUACUUAUUCAAGACAAGGAAUGAAGUCAACUCCACUGAAGUUAAUGGAAAAACUUCUUACUGACUUCAGUGGGGUCAGAAUUUCACUCUGCAUAUAUCUCAUAUGUUAACCUGGGUUACACUAAUAUUUUUAAUACUUUGAAAUAGGACAGAUAUUUGCUUAGACCGAUAAUGCUAAACUGCACAGCCAUAGUGGUCUUAUCCAGUGAUUUUGGUCUUGCUGUUUCUGCUCCUUGAACCAACAAUAAAGGAACUGAUGUGAA